CUCUGGGAAGACAUUCAUUUCUUACCUAACACUAUCAAAAAAGGCAAGGCAAAAGGCCAAAAGUUGAAAAGCAACAGAACAACCAAACAGCCCAAAAGCAGCAGAACUGAGAAAAUGGCAGGAUUGUUUGACGAGCAAGCAGAUCUUUACUUGGAUGCUAGGCCAAAUUAUCCAAGCGAAUGGUAUUCGAUGCUAGCAGCUCGCACUCCUCACCAUCAUCUGGCUUGGGAUGCUGGUACCGGCAAUGGCCAAGCUGCUAUUGGUGUUGCUGAGCACUAUGAGCAUGUGAUUGCGACUGAUGUGAGUGAAGCCCAAUUACAACACGCGAUACCGCACCCACGAGUCAAAUAUCUUUAUACUGCAUUAACAAUCUCCAACGAUGAAUUAUUAGCUUCAAUCGGGGGUGAAAAGUCAGUUGAUUUGGUGACUGUGGCUCAAGCCGUGCACUGGUUUGAUCUGCCAAAGUUCUACUCUCUUGUCACGAGGCUUUUACGGAAGCCAGGCGGUGUGCUCUCUGUCUGGGGCUACAACGACAUCGCCGUUAGCCCUACUUUUGAUCCUGUGAUGAAGCGCUUUCACGACACGACUCUUCCUUUUUGGAACCCCAACAUCCAGUACAUAUUUGAUGGCUAUAGGACACUGCCCUUCCCAUUUGAGAGCGUUGGUUUAGGUUCCGAGGGGCAACCGCUGGCAUUGGACAUACCCAAGAAACUGUCGUUUGAGGGAUUUCUGGGGAUGUUGCGAUCUUGGUCUGCAGUGGUUACAGCAAAAAAUCAGGGUGUGGAUUUGUUGUCUGAAAUGGUUGUUAAGGAGUUUGAGAGUGCCUGGGGUGGCUCUAAUUUGGUUAGAUCAGUAGCUUACAAGGCUUUCAUGCUUGCAGGAAAAGUCAAACUCUAAAUUUUCUUGGAGUCUGUAAAACGUAGCUUAACAUUUUCACCCUAUAAUAAAUACUUUUUUUAUAAAAAAAAUAAAAAAUUUGUC